AUGGCGGCCCCAAAUCGAUCCUUCUUGAAGUACGCGUUUCCGUCUUGCCGGAGUUGUUCGGCCUGCUUCGCCGCCGCUAUUGGCGACAUUUUCCUCUUCUUCCCCCUCCCUAUUCUGUCUCUCCCCCUUCUCUUCUCACUCUGUAUCUAUAGAAUCUGUUCACACAGUCGAGCUAUAAAACCUGAAAAUGGAACACGCCCACCAAAGUUUGCAGAUGUAAAAGACGUAGAACUGAGAUAUCUUGGCGAUGGAUUUCGGAAAUCGAGGGAAAAUGCGAAAGAAACGCGAAAACGAAAUGAAAAUGAAAUUGAAAUUCUUUGCUGGAUAAAGAUUUUUCGGGAUUGUACUAUUGCCAGGGCGCCCAAUGAAAGGAAGUUAGUUUGGUUCAGACAAUCUUCUCCACAGGCCUCUCAUGUGGACAACAUUCAAAUUUCCACCCACUGA